GGGCGGCGGGGGGAGCGAGGUUUCUGUCCCCGUGUCUUCGACCCUGGCCCCCCGCUCCUCGCCCGGUGCCGGGCCGAGGCGGCCGCCCCUAUCCCACUCCGUGAGGGGCUGUGCGCAGCUGAUGGGAGUUCGGGCUGUGCUGUGGGAGGGCUUGUCCCAGCCCUUCAUCCAUGUCGCCUCCUGCUCCAGCCCCUUAUCCGGGGAUUGUCCCGGUCCCUCAGGCUUGUUACAGUCUCAGAGGCUUGUCCUAGCCCCUCUGCCAGAGCUUGUCACCUCCCGCCCCAAUCCCUCAGGCAGGGCUCGUCGCCUCCUGCGGUCCCUCUCGGUGGCCUUGGAGCCCCAAGAAGAUAUUGGUAUUAACCUGACAGAUCCUAUGUUCAGAGGAAUCUACAGGGGAACACAGAAACAUCAAGAUGACUUUCUGGAUGUAAUAGAGAGAGCAGUCAAAGUUGGCAUUAAAAAGUUUUUGAUUACAGGUGGGAGUCUAGAAGAUAGUAAAGAUGCCUUGCAGCUGGCACAGACAAAUGACAUGUUUUUCAGUACAGUUGGCUGUCAUCCUACCCGCUGUGGAGAAUUUGAGCAGAGUAACCCUGAACAGUAUCUAUCUGAAUUAAAAAAUCUGAUUGAAAAAAAUAGGACAAAGGUAAUAGCAGUUGGAGAGUGUGGCUUAGAUUUUGAUAGAUUAGAAUUUUGCCCAAAGGACAUCCAACUCAAGUAUUUUGAAAAACAGUUUGACUUGUCAGAACAGAUGCAGCUGCCCAUGUUUCUGCACUGUAGGAACUCACAUGCUGAAUUUUUAGACAUAAUGAGAAGAAACCGAGAUAGAAUUGUGGGAGGGGUGGUACAUUCUUUCGAUGGCACAAAGGAACAAGCAGCUGCUCUAAUAGAUUUGGAUCUUUAUAUUGGAAUAAAUGGCUGUUCACUGAAAACAGAAGCCAACUUGGAAACACUGAAAUCAAUUCCUAGUGAACGAUUAAUGAUAGAAACUGAUGCACCUUGGUGCGGAGUGAAAAAUACUCAUGCUGGAUCAAAAUACAUUAAAACUACAUUUCCUACAAAAAAGAAAUGGGAAAAAGGGCACUGCUUGAAGGACAGAAAUGAACCCUGCCAUAUAAUGGAUGUUUUUUCCUUCUGUUGUUGUGCUUCAAAGAACCUGAUCCUGUGAAAUUUAGAUAUGAAUUACAGCAGCCAAAAUACAGAGUAGUGAAAGAUAACUCCAGGGGCUUACGGACAGAACUGGUAAGCACAGACACAGUUUUCUGAUUCUUUUGACACAGUUCCUCACAGAAGUGUGAAAAGCAGGAAAACAUAAUUAUUUUAGUGAAAAUGUUUAGUUAUCUGCAUUAAAUACCAUUAAUAGAUGAUUAAUAGAUGAAAAUAGAUGCUGAAUUUUCUGAAUUCCCUGUCUAGAUUUUGAAAUAUUGCUCAGGAUAGUUCUAAAGAUCCAGGUAUGUAGCAAGGUGUCUAAACAAGAGUUUAUUUGAUAAGUGAAGAAAAUUCUGCUGCUUUUUGAGACAUGAAGGAACUUGGAAAACCACGGAUGAUGUAAAAGCACAGUUUAAGCUUACAUGGUGACGUCUCCUAGUGUUCAGAUACAUUUAAUGCAAUUAGGUUACUUGUAAUAUUUGGUUUUUAGGGGGUUUUUUUGCAUUUUAAAUGUGAAGAGGACGCAUUAGUAUGGAAGGGUUCCUUUGGUAUUUUAAGACUUUCUAGGGUCAGUCCAUGAUUUGGGAGUGGGGGAAGAGAUCAACUGGAAACACUCCUGAUGACAAGUAAAGGGCCUCUACUGUUACUAUUUCAUCCAGCCCUUAUGUCAACAACACCCCCUCAUAUUUGUCUGCUGCCUUAGUUGUGGUUUACAGAAAUGUUUCAGAAACCUCCAAACUUGAAAUGCAUGGCCUGUCCUGCACAGAUGCACAGUGCACAAAUGCACUCAAGAUUAUUACACAAAUGCUGUUCUUUGGCUGUUGCCCUUUUUAUGAAAAAAAAAUUUGGUUCAACCUUAUUUUGAAAUUAUUAUCCCAGUAAUGUUCAUUAUAACCAGUUGAAUUUCAAGAACCUCUUAAUCCUUAAGAAAAAUGAAGAAUGGUAACUGAUAAAAUCUGGUGUGAGGGAAUGUUAGUCCACAGUGUUCUUAAUGUGUAAGGUAUAUAUACUGUUUAAUACAGCUCAGUUGGCAGGAGGAAUUUUCCGUUUGCCUGGUUUUGGUGGUGCUGGACACCUUUCCAUUUUGAUGGUGAUACUUCUGCUUCAUAUGUAUAUUUAGAACUACUCCCCUUGGAAGCUAUUUUUUUAAAAAUUCAGCCACAAGAGACUUCUCUUUUCACCUCCAGCAGUUUCACACACACAGUGUUACAGUAACAUACAGCUUUCUGCACCCAAGUGAGAAGAGAUAAGUAAGGCCUAAGUUGUCUUGGAUGAAAUUCUUUGGAAUUUGUUACUUAUUUCUGUGUAGGCCUGAUCUCACUCCAUCUCAUCUGGAUUAUCCUCUUAAAUCAAGAAGCUGUUCAGCUAAAUCUCUUCUAGGAAAAUAUUUGAAAUAAUUAUUAAGAGCAACUUUUCCUACUCUCUCUUUUCACCAAAAUAAGUUUAGCUAUUGCCUCAGCUUAGAGGCGAAAUCCAAAGGCCACCUACCACCAGGCUUAAGCUUCUUACUCUUCACAAUGAAGUUUGAAGUUUUUUGCUGCCACUGGAAAAAUCAAAGUAUGACACAUCUCAGGAAGGGUACUCUUUUUUUUGUCGUUUUGUUUUUGUUUUAAGAAUGACUGAUACAAAAUCAAGAAAGCAAUUGCAGAAAAAAGGUUGUGGCUUGGUUUUAAUCAUGUCCAUCCCAUUUCUUUUGCCUUCUCUUCCUGGCUUGUAUCAAGGCCCUGGGCCUUUUGGAAUUGCUUAUUUUAAUAUUUACUGCAGAUACCUGACUACAUUAAUCAUAAUUAAGCUAAAGAAUGGGGAAGUAGGACUACAUUACUUUGGCAGCACUGUGCUCUGAUAAAUCUGUAUCUGGAAUUUAAGCUUUACCAUAGACCAGUCUAGUCAUAGUGCAGCUUUAGCCUUGACAGGCUGAUGAGUUGUUGUUUGAAAAAUGAAGAUCAUUGAUAAAAACACCCACAAAAUGACACUUCCUUCAAAACAGAAAGCUGUUUAAUUACCUCCAAACAAGAGUCAAAAGACCAAAGAUGAAUCUGUACCAGUGAGCAAACCAGUGUUCAGUGUAAAGGAAAUGGCAGUUAGUAACUUAAAAGUGAAGCUAUUUGCAUAUCUGAGCACCCUGCCCUAUUGCUCUUAGUGUAGGUUUUUAUUCCAGCUUAAUCUUAGUGACUUGUACAUACACAUGCAGCAAUUUGAAGUACAUUCUGAAGUACUGGGUUGCAGUCUUCUAAUAUAAAUUUUUCUUUUUUAGUCAAGUACUGGAAAUAAUGGCGGCAGUAAGAGACGAUGACCCACUUGAGU